AUGGAGGCUUUCAUUUUCCUCCCCUUCAUGUUCUUGGCCAUGUUCUCAGUAUCUUCAACCCAGCCUUUGAAGACAAGUGUUUUUAAAGUAGGAGACAGUCCAGAACCUGCACUUAUUCUAGAGACAGAAAAUGAAGCUAAUCAGCAAGGAGGACAAAAAGAACCUAAAAGGGAAACAAGAAGCAACACCCAAGGAAAACCAGGGCCACUCAUUCUGCAAGGACAACCAGGGUAUUCUAUUCAGCCAGGAAAACCAGAAAAUUUUAAACAGAAAGGGAAGCCAGGAGUUUUCAAUCAGCCUGGGAGUCUGCAAGGGAAUUCAGGACAAUCUAACCAAAAAGGGAAUCCAGAAGCUUCUAAUGAGCAAGGAAAACCAGGGUCAUCUAGCCAGCAAGGGAAGCCAGGGUCAUCUAGCCAGCAAGGGAAGCCAGGGUCAUCUAGCCAGCAAGGGAAGCCAGGGUCAUCUAGCCAGCAAGGGAAGCCAGGGUCAUCUAGCCAGCAAGGAGAGCCAGGGUCAUCUAGCCAGCAAGGGAAGCCAGGGUCAUCUAGCCAGCAAGGGAAGCCAGGGUCAUCUAGCCAGCAAGGGAAGCCAGGGUCAUCUAGCCAGCAAGGAGAGCCAGGGUCAUCUAGCCAGCAAGGGAAGCCAGGGUCAUCUAGCCAAAAAGGAAAGACAGGAUUGUCUAGGCAACAGAGAAAAUCAAAGUCUUUUUAUAAUCAAGAAGAAAGAAAAACUGGAGUCAACCCUUUGAAUGACAAUACAAUGGAGAUUCAGACUGGCCGUACUAGCAACAAGAACCCAACUGGAAAAACAAAAUGUCAAUCUAAAUAUGAACCAGUCUGUGGUUCUGAUGGAAAAACUUAUGGCAACCUCUGUGCAUUCAAUGAAGCAAAAAGUCUCACCCUUCAGCAGACCACAGCAGAAAGUACUUCGGAGCCCACAAAGGCCUCUGGACACAGACGCCCUGCCCACCUAAGAGCCAGGACUCAGCUCUAUUUAUCAGUGCGCAGGAGCAGUCCCAGAAUCCCCUGGGCCCUGGCGCUGCCCUCCAGGAAGCCGGCCCAUGCCUCUGGAGCAGCCUCACCCUCUAGGGGGCAGACACCACCACAAUCCCAUAGCCUGCAGACCGGCCUGCCCACAGAAAGUCAGACCCUGCCCUGGAACCAGCUGGGCCCUGGUCCUGCCCGACUGCAGUUCAACACAAGCUUCAGGAUACCCCAGACCCCAAGUCCAACUGUGUCAGGAACCAGCCUGGCACUGACACUGGCUCUGGGACCCCUGGGUCCUGCAACCAGACUCUAG